AUGGCAUUGUCUUUCGGAAAAGUCUCCGGUGCUAUUGCCGCGAUGCACAAUGAGACCACCGCUGCGUUGGUCAAUCUCAACGCAGAUUUCACUUUGAUCAAGCUUGAAGCGCCAGCCGAAUACUCGGCUUUGGGAAACACAAUUUCCACGAAAAGAAAGACCGACGCCGAGGAAGGGACACUUCACAGGACUGCGCGAAGGUUGGGAGCCCUCUUUAAAGAUGUUCUCCCCUCAACGGACGAACUAUGUCGGGCCUAUGGGACUCGAGUAUCAGAGAUUUGUUCGAUGCUGCCUACUACAACCACCCAGGAACAUCUUGGAAUAUUUGGCAGCCAUCUAGGACUGGACAUCACCAGUAUUUGGGCUGCAGCCACCUCUGGAAGCGCGGCAAUUCAGGCACAUCUUCUUGCCUGUAUGCUUGCAAGGAUUUUCCCAAACCAAGAAGCCAUUUCGCUAUGGGUCGAAUUGGUCGAAAAGCGGAAAGAGUGGAUUCGUGUUAAGCAAGGCAAUACUCUUUAUUCGAGUGACCAUCAUAACGAGAUCAUGGCCAGCCAACAAGAUAUAUCCCGGAGUGACCUUGCUACUUGGGAUUCUAACGCUCGUGCUUGGCUUCAAAGCGCAGAUCAAGCCAAACAACGUCAACACAUACAAACGAUGCUCAUCUUGAACAACGCAAGCGUUCCUGUCAACAGCGAACCCCAGACUUACGAUAGCUUAAUGAAAGCUUGGACGACGGCUUUGGAAGCGAUGAAUUUCCUCGUCAAAGGCAUUCCUCAAAGAGUACAAGACAGCGCAACAUUAUUAGCAGUAUCGUCCUGGCAUCUCUAUCCCGACAUGAUUGUCCAUGGUACUACUCAUGCCGAUGUAAGGCAGCAAGAUCCAUUAUUCCCGACUGGAUUGUUCCUUACUCUUGGACUACAACAUGUUUGA